CUGUGUCGACCAAUCAGAGACGGCGGAACAUGGCGUGCUAGUCCUAGCAAGAUGUACAAUGUAAGCGACCAAAGCGAUUCAAACUUCACAAAAAUCGCCUGCGAAUGUAGUUUGUUUCACUAGAAUUACGAAGCAGACACAAGUGAAAGACAUUCGAGGCCCCAUAUGAGUCCUGGGGGUGAAGCAUGCCAGGCCUUGGCUCCAGAUGGUGGCUGGGAGCAGCGCUGGUGAUAUGAGAGGGUGACCAGCCACGGUGCCUUAUGGCCGAAUACCAGCUCCUGGGCGGGGAUGGCUAUGGCCAGGGCAUGGAGGAUGGCUCGGGCUCCUUAGCGGGCUACGGGGCAGCUUCCCAGGACCUGGUCUCCCCCUUGAUGGUGGCCAACCCAAUGGGGAGCAGUGCACCAAGUACCAGCCAGAUGGCACCCUAUGGUCAGAUGCACCCAGGCUACCCGCAGCCAGCUGACCAGAAGAUGCACUAUGGGGCCUACAGUGCUGGCCACGUGGCACCUGAGUAUGGCACACGAGUGCAUCCCAUGGGGGAGCAGCAGUCUGCGAUGAUGGGUGGCUAUUCGCAACAGUCCAUGGCUGGGCAGCGCAUGCAAACUUCUGACCAGUACCCCUAUGGCACUAUGGGAGCCACACAGCACUCUCAAGACAUGUGGAGAGGACAUUACAUGAACUCUGGAACUGGCUACCAGCAGCAGCUCACAACUGAUAUGGGUGCUCAGCACACUAUGGCUGCAGGUGUCGGCAGCCAGCAUCACAGGACUGGCCAGGGUCAGUAUGGUCCAAGUCAGGACUAUACACUGCACACGCCACAGCAACAUGGCUCUCCACAAAGGCCCUCUUAUGGUACACAGGGCAAUGGCCCCCAUGUGGCACAGCUGGCAAACAAGGCAGCAGCAACCACAACAACACACAUGGCAGAUCAGGCCAUGGCAUCAUAUCCGCAAACAACUUAUCCAUCAGCUCAAGCAGGAACCAGUAGAGCCACAUAUGGCACUGCGGGUACGAUAAGCCACUCUGCAGUGGGCCAGAGUUUGCCCCAGGCAAGAACGCUUCAGCGUGCUGGAGGUUAUGCCACCAGUGGCAGCAGCAACCAGGCACCACUGCCCCAGGGCAGCCCUGCUCGUAUGCAGCAAUACCCACAGUCAGCAUAUUCACCAGGGCACCCUUUUCCUGCUUCUGAUGCCACCAGUCCAUCGCACCUCUCUCCAUACCCCACACAAGCACCCAACAGCCCACAGUAUCGAGGCUCUUAUCCUUCGCCACGUCGCCCCACCACCACGCCGCCGGCAGGAUCCCCUAGUGUUGUGACCAGCCAGCAGUCGUCCUCGCAGGGCAGCUACCCAAGCCCAGGGGCCACUCACCUUUCUAGUCCUGGGCAGGUGCUGUCCCCGGGCAGUGGGGCCACUGCCUCAGCUGCCCCUGUGGCAUCCAGCAGUCUUCAGCAGCUCGAGCAAAUGGUGAUGCCUCACAUGGCUACUGCUAAGCCGCCUUCUGCCACCACUAGUUCAACAGGCAGUUAUUAUGGUGGAGCAGUGCAGCAGUCGUAUGGGCCGGCUCAGACACAGCAAGGCUUGGGUUAUGGAGGAAUGCCUUCCACUGCCCAACACCAUGCAUAUCCAGGCCCAAAUCUUAUGACUCGCGCUCGGCCACUCGCGGGUGCACCGGAGGCCUCGUCAUUUGGCACAAGUGAAGUGGGACCUAUGACUGCCAAUUCGUCUUUGCCUGCACGCAGUGAUUACCCUAUGGGUGCUGCAGGUCCUGCACGAACAGCACCUGUGUCUCCAGCCUCAUAUGCUGCCUAUCCACAGCAGCAGCCUGUCUCCUCUCUUGGCUAUGAGCAGGCACAGCAGCAACUGCAACACUUGUACAGUGUGCCUCAGACAGCCCAGACGCAGAAACGGAUAUCGGAGCUCCAGGAGAGGCUGCGCAUUCUACAGCAGCAGCAGCAACAGCAGCAGCAACAGCAGCAGCAGUCUGCACUUCCUUCAGCUUCUGCAUCAGCUGCCUCGGUGCCAGGAAUGGGAGGUGCUUUGGGAAGCACGUUGGGUCCCAUGGGUUCCCCAUCUUCGUUGGGUGCAUACCCUACGCAGUAUUCUCAGGGAGCUGGCACUGGUGUGCCUACUGCAUCUGCUCCAUACACUCAGCCGAGGCAGCAAAUGCCUCCAGCAGCUUCUGCACAGCAGCCUCAGCAGCUUCCUGCACAGCAGCAACCACAUCCUCAGCUCCCACCAUAUGGUCCACAGGCUCAGCAGCAGCUUAUGCAGAACUCCCAGUUGCAGCCACAACCAUUACCAUCACAGUCCUUACAGCCACAGCCUCUGCAACCUCAGUCAUUGCAAUCCCAAAGUUUGCAACCCCCGACUUUACAGCCCCAGGCUCUACCCCCUCAAGGAUUGCAACCUCAAGUGAUGCCGCCUCAAGGCUUGCAGCCGCAGACGUUGCAACCACAAGGCCUACAGCCCCAGGGUCUGCAACCACAAAGCUUGCAGUCGCAGCAGCAGGCCUCAGCUUCUGUUGGCAUGGUGGCUGCUUCUUCAGCAUCAUCAGUCCCCCCACCUAGCCCCACUGUGUCUACAUUGUUUCCCAGCAUGGCAGACAGCUACCGACCUCCGAGCCAGCCUCCUUCACUGCCUACACCCAUGAUCUCUGAUCAGGACCUGCAAAGUUCACUGCCUCCACUGCCUUUGGCGGGUGUUCCAAGCGUGGUGCCAGCUUCUGUGGAUGAUCUUUGCCCUCUGGAGGGUCCCCUAAGCAGUUCUCUGGAUGGGCCGUACACAUGCCCAUUACCCCCUGAGGACCCUUACCUCCUGCCACCUGAUGAUGUGCUGCCUCCUAUUGAGCCUAUGACCAAGCGCAAGCCCAGCCGGAGCAAAAAGAAGGCCAAGACGUCUCAGGAAAUGCCCCCUCUGGGCUUGGGGCCUGGGGAGGGCCUCAUGCCUCCUGACUUCAUGAUGCCUCCAGAGAGCCCAGGUGGCAUGCCCCUGCUCCUUCCACAGCCACCUGGUAUGGAGGUUCCACCUCCUCCUCCUGUAAAAAAGAGCAAGAAACGCAAACCCAAGGAGCCCAAAGAAGGAGAGCCUCCCAAGGAGCCCAAGCCCAAGAAGCCGAAGAAGCCCAAGGCUCCCAAACCUCCUAAAGAACCAAAAGAGGGAGGGACCCCACGGCGUAAGAGCAAGUCCAAAAAGAAGGCUGCUGCUGAGCAGGAAGCAGCAGCGCAGGCGCCAUCAGCAGACGUUCAGGGUCCUGCAGCUCCUUUGGCAGAAACAGCCCCUGAACAAACCGAAGGAAGUAGCACAGUUGAUGCAGCUGUAGCAGCGGUAGCAGCAGGGACAUGUACACCAGUUAUAUCAACAGUUGAUGGGCAGUUGCCAACAGAUGAAGUGAAAGCAGAUGGAGAGACUGCCCAGCCUGCAGAAGAAGGCAAAACGCCGAAAAAGAAGUCUAAAGAAAAGAAAGAGAAAAAAGAACCAAAAACACCAAAGGAAGGAACACCUAAAGCACCGAAGGCACCAAAGAAAAAACUUCCCAGGUUGUCUCUCAAGUUCAGCAAGAAGAAGAAGCGCAAGCGGCUGGGCUCUUCAGACAAGUCCGAUUUGGAAGGCACUCCGCCUCCUUCUCCUGAAGAAGGUGAUGGAGGUGUGCAGAAGCGACGUUCAUCGCGGAACACCCACAGAAAGAAGUACACUGAUGACAUUGAACUGCAGUUGAGUGGUGAUGAGGCUGCUUUGGAUGGUCUGCAUGCUUCCCACGCUGUUCGAGGGCAGGAAACCAAGAAUGUCCAAGUUCUGGUCAAUGUUGUCACUGAAGACACCAUGGUUGUUGAAAAAAUCCUGGCUUCUCGAAUGGCCACCAGGAAAUCUGAAGAGGAGGACAAGGAACCUGUGGAUGUUGAGGAGUUUUUUGUGAAGUAUAAGAACCUUUCAUACAUUCAUUGUGACUGGAAGACUCUGGAAGAGUUGGAGAUGACUGAUAAGCGUGUGCUGCAGAAAGUGAAACGCUUCCGUCAAAAGAAGGACAACAUCAAUUCAAUCUUUGACUUCCUUGAAGACGAGCCCUUCAACCCUGACUAUGUGGAGGUAGAUCGGAUCUUGGACAUGACAGAGACUGUAGACCCCAUAGAAAGUGAUGAUGCAAAUCAAGCAGAUGUCAAAGAUGAGAAGCCAACAACUAAGACUGAAGAAAACGUUGCUGAAGAUGAACGAAAGGCAGAACCAAUGGAUACUACUGAGCCUGUGGAGCAGAAUGGAGAUGGGCAGGAGUGCAAGGCGCAUAAACAAGCAGAAACCCAAGGAGCAGGGGAUAAUAAUGAAGAAAAUGAUGCUGGAGAGGAUGAAAAUGAAGAACCUCAAAACGGCACUUCUGAGCCAGUGGAAGAAGCCAAGAAAGAAGACAGUGGUGGUGCCUCUGAAAUUUCGAGUGCGCCAGCAGCUGCCGGUGAAGGCCCUGAUAAUAGCAUGUGUGAAGAUGAGACAAUUUCACUUGAACAGCAGCCAAUCAAAAAGGAACUACCUGACGAGGAGAUGCUUGACGAGGAGGUGCCUGACAGCGUAAUACCAGAGGCUGACAGUGUAAAGCCAGAGGAUGACAGUGUAUUUGAGGACAAUGCUGCAACUACGCCUGUCAAGUCUGAUGGCCUUUUGGAACCAAAGGAAGAAAAGGCUGAGCAGGGCAAGGCAGGCAGCAGUGAUGAGUCUGACAGCAGCAAGCCAAAGCCAGCACGCACCACACACAAGCACUAUUUAGUCAAGUGGAGAGGUCUCUCCUAUGAGGAAAGCACAUGGGAGUUGGAAGAAGAUGUGGAUCCACUAAAGGUUGAGCACUUUCUGAGAUUUAAAGACCCGCCCCCUAAGGAGAAGUGGAAAGUGAAGAAGCGGCCUAAGCCUUCUGAGUGGAAGCAGAUAGACGAGUCACCGGUCUACAAAGGAGGGAACACAUUGAGAGAGUAUCAACUUGAGGGUCUUAGUUGGCUGACCUUCUGCUGGUACAAUGGACAAAACUGUAUACUGGCUGAUGAAAUGGGCUUGGGGAAGACUAUACAGUCAUUGACCUUCAUCAACGAAAUAGUGAAAUAUGGUAUCAAUGGACCAUUUCUUGUGAUUGCUCCACUUUCAACUAUUGGCAACUGGCAGAGAGAGUUUGAAACAUGGACUGAGCUAAAUGUUAUCACCUAUCAUGGAUCGUCAGCAAGUCGCAACAUGAUCCAGGAGUAUGAAAUGUACUACAAGGAUGAAAAUGGGCAGCGCAUUACUGACGUGUUCAAGUUCCAAGUGAUGAUUACGACAUUCGAGAUAGUGCUCAGUGAUUGCUUGGAGCUGCAGGCACUCCCAUGGCGUGCCUGUGUGAUUGAUGAGGCCCACAGACUGAAGAAUCGAAACUGCAAGCUUCUAGAAGGGCUCCGAAUGCUCAAUCUUGAGCACAGCGUUUUGCUGACUGGAACCCCAUUGCAAAACAACGUCGAAGAGUUGUUCAGCUUGCUGAAUUUCUUAGAGCCUAGCCGUUUCAGCUCCACUGAGACAUUCAUGGAGGAGUUUGGAGACCUGAAGACUGAAGGGCAGGUCGACAAGCUCAAAGCGUUGCUCAAACCCAUGAUGUUACGUCGUCUCAAAGAGGAUGUUGAAAAGAGCCUGGCUCCUAAGGAAGAAACCAUCGUUGAGGUGGAGCUGACUAACAUCCAGAAGAAGUACUAUCGGGCCAUUUUGGAACGCAAUUUUGCCUUCUUGACAAAAGGUGGAGUGGGCACAAAUGUCCCGAAUCUCAUGAACACCAUGAUGGAGCUACGAAAAUGCUGCAUUCAUCCUUACCUAAUCAAAGGGGCAGAGGAGCAGAUCCUGCAGGAGUACCGGCUUCAGCAUGGUGACUCCUUGGACAUGACACUCAAUGCAUUGGUUCAAGCAUCUGGGAAGCUGGUUCUGCUGGACAAACUACUUCCUAAGCUUAAAGACGGUGGCCAUCGCGUGCUUGUUUUCUCUCAGAUGGUGCGCUGUCUGGACCUGCUUGAGGAUUACCUUGUCAACAAAAGGUAUCCCUAUGAGCGAAUCGAUGGGAGGGUUCGUGGAAAUCUUCGUCAGGCUGCCAUUGAUAGGUUUUGCAAACCAGACUCCGACAGAUUUGUGUUUCUGUUGUGCACACGAGCAGGCGGCUUAGGUAUCAAUCUCACCGCAGCUGACACUGUCGUAAUUUUUGACUCGGAUUGGAACCCACAAAAUGACCUUCAGGCACAAGCUCGUUGCCACCGAAUCGGACAAUCAAAAGCUGUCAAGGUGUAUCGUCUCAUCUGUCGUAACACGUACGAACGAGAAAUGUUUGAUAAAGCCAGCCUGAAGCUUGGUCUGGACAGGGCAGUCUUGCAGUCAAUGAACUCUCAAAAAGAGAGUGUUGGAAUGAAUCAGCAGCUCACUAAGCAAGAAAUUGAAGAUCUGCUUCGCAAGGGUGCCUAUGGUGCCAUUAUGGAGGAUGAUGCAGAUGGCAACAAUUUCUGUGAAGAAGACAUUGAUCAAAUUUUGUUGCGUCGCACGCACACCAUCACCAUAGAGUCUGAAGGGAAAGGUUCUACAUUCUCUAAGGCCUCCUUUACUGCUUCAUCCACGCGCAGUGACAUAGAAAUUGAUGAUCCCAACUUUUGGGAGAAGUGGGCCAAGAAGGCAAACUUGGAUGUGGAUGAGCUGAAAGGCAGAAAUGAGCUAAUCUUGCAAGAACCUCGGAGGCGCACUCAGACCAAGCGUUUUGGGACUGAUGACAACAUGCUGGACUUGUCAGAACUGGAGUCUAGCGAUGAGGAUGAUGAUACAGGUGUCCGCACUCGAGGAAGCCGGCGUUCACGUCAUCGAGAUUCGCCUAUAAUUGGCGGCCGAGCACGCCGAGGUGGUCGAGCUAACCGUGGUUUCUGUGAGGAUGAGUUCUUGGGUGAUAUUGCACCUGGAAACUGGACACGCACUGAGUGCUUCCAAGUGGAGAAAGGAUUGCUCACUUUUGGUUGGGGCCGUUGGGAAGAGAGCAUAGCGAUUGGGCUUUGGCGACGACGAGUCACGCCAAAAGAUGUGGAGGACAUCUCCAGGGUUGUGCUCUUAUACUGUUUACGGCACUACAAGGGUGAUGAGAAGAUCAAGGGCUUCAUUUGGGAUCUGAUUGCACCGUCUGAAGACGGCGAGACCAGAAUCCACAAAAAUCACUCGGGUUUGUCAGCACCUGUGCCAAGAGGGCGCAAAGGCAAGAAGCUUAAGAAUGGUAAAGGGGAGCCUGAUUCACCUGACAUGUUGGCUGACUGGGCUCGGGAUGACCAGUACAACCCUGACCUCCUCCUCUGUGAUGAUGGCUAUCGUAAGCACUUGCAUCGGCAUGCUAACAAGGUUCUCCUGAGGGUUCGCCUUCUCUACUACCUGAAACAUGAAAUUAUAGGAGAUUUGCACCAGCAAGUAUUUGCAGGAGUACCAGCCAGGGAUAUUCCUAUUCCACCACCAGCAGCCGAUGGGGAACCUCCAGCUCCUUGGUGGGACGAAGAUGCUGACAAGUCCCUUUUGAUAGGGGUGUACAAACAUGGUUAUGAAAGGUUUAACCUGAUGCGUCAAGAUCACACCUUGUGUUUUCUGGCACGAUGUGGCCCUCCCGAUGGUGCCGCCCUUCUUGCAGAAAUGACAGCGAAUCCUGAGGACCUAGAAGACAAGCGCGAAGAAGGAAAGAAGGACCUUGAUGAAGAAGAGCCUGUCUCUCCUGAGCCAUCUACAUCGUCAGAGGCGAAACCGCCUUCGGAGUCUUCAGAGCAAGUGGCACCAACUGUCGAACAGCCUGCACCCAAUCCUGCUGGGCCCACUACUGCUGCACCUCAAGCGCCAGGUGAAAUAGGCACUUUGGAAUUCCCUUCUCCUUCCGACUUGAACACACGCCUUCGGCGCAUCAUUACCAUGUACCAAAGGAACCACAAAAAAAGGGAGCUCAUCAAUGCUCAGCGUGCAAGGAACACAGCCUACCAGAUUUUAACGGCUAUUCAGGUGGAGGGUUUUAACUUUGUAAAUCGAAUGGAAAGAAGAGAGAAGUUUGAAGCUGCCAUUCGUGAGAGGGAAAUACGUAGACUUGAAACUCAGCAGAGGUGGUCAAGACGAGAAGAAGCAGAGUUCUAUCGAGCAGUGUCUUGUUAUGGUGUGGACUAUCGGCGCCAGGAGCAGCGCUUUGUGUGGGAUGGCUUUCGCACAGUAGGCCGCCUUGAGCGCAAACGAGAUGACACUUUGACCGAGUACUUCCGUGCAUUUCGUGCAAUGUGCCGGCGUGUAUGUGGGCGCAAGCUAGGCGAGGAAGAUGAGAACCUGCAAUACGUUGUUGAGCCAAUAUCUGAGGAGAGAGCCACACGCUGUUUGCAACGUAUUGAGCUGCUGAGUAAAAUAAGGGAAGAGAUUCUGCCACAUCCUGAACUGGAUGAGAGGCUGAAACUGUGUCAGCCUUCUAUGGACCUUCCGGACUGGUGGAUAUGUGGACGGCACGAUAAAGAUUUGCUCAUUGGUGCAGCUAAGUAUGGCUUAAGCAGAAUGGAUUAUCAUCUGCUAAAUGAUGGAGAACUCUCUUUCCGGGAAGUUGUUCGUGCGCAGUCUGCAUCCAAACCUCCUGUGAUGAUUGUUGGCCACCAUGGGCACCCUUUCCCUGUGGCAUCUACUACAGUGGAUGUUGCAGUGCCAACCAUAUUAAAAGCAGCUGCUGACAGCGACCUAGAAGUGUGCCCAGAGAUGGUUACUCAAGCUGCUAUUCUUCCUCAGGCAGUUGACACUAAGGUCAACAAUUCGAGUGCAAAUGAGAUGCCUGCCUGUGAAACAUCGGGGGAAGCUGAAAAGUUGCCUCUUAGCGAGGAGAGUGUAUUGCAAGUGGCAAAAACACAGGAUGAAGAUGCUGUCCAGCCGGAAGCUGUAAAUGUCAAGUCUGAAGAAGCCGGCUCACCCAAAGUUUCUUUGCAAGAAGAUGAGACAUCAGACAAAGAAGAGCAUAGCCAGAAGUCUCCGGAACAUGAAGAGCAUUCUAAGAAAAACAAUAUUGAAGAGAAACUUGUCCACGCGGUGGAAGGCAAUGAAGUAAAUAAUGAGAUGGCACUUGUAGCUGAUGAGCCUUCCGAAGUUCGGGCUUUAGAGCAGCCAUUUGAGGAAAGCAGUACAAGGGAACAGCCUGUUGAACUAGAUGAGCUGCCUUUAGAACAACCAAAGAAAAGUGAAGAAAAGAGUGUGGACGUUGUUCCUGAAAAACAAGAUGAACCUGAUAAAGUUCUUUCUGAGCCUACUGGGGUUGAAACAACAGAAGGAAAGUCGGUGGACAUAAAUGAUGUUGAACCCAAAGAUGAGGAACCCCAGAAGACAACUACUGCUGAAGAGAGCCAACAGGAGCAGCCUGCUUCUUCUGACAACUCUAUUGUGCAGGGUGCUUCGUCUGUGUCACUAGGGUUCACACCAUUUGAGAUGUCUGUGCCAGGAGUUGUGCCUCCACCACCUGUAGAAGAUGACAAUUCAAAGACUGAUGUUGAAAAGACUGAUACGGAGCAAGACCCUGUUGAAAUGGUUCCUAGUGGCACAAAAAUGCCUCUCUCUGGAUUUCCACCAUUCCGUGUUCUUACUCCUCAGUUGACUGAAGAAUCUCAGGAAGCAAAUUCACAGCAGGAUGACGUUUUAAGUCAAGAGAGUUUCAACUUGGAUGGAGAAGGUGGAACAGAGCCACCAGUUGUACACUUCAUGGCUCACUCCACUCGCAAUCCUGUUCGGUGGCCAAAGAGCACUCCCCAUUAUUGCAUCCUUCAUAGCCCAGAGUACAACUUUCAGAUGGACAAAGUACUUCAGAUUCGGUUGGAAUACAUUGUACAUGCUGUGGAGAAAAAGGAGUGGCCAGUACCUCGCCAAGGUUUCACCUUGUUGCCAGCUACUCCAACAGAGUCUCCUUCAUCACCUGUGGCCUCAUCAGUGGCAUCUGGCUCUGAGCAAAACCUGCAUGCCACUCCUGAGCACAUAUCCACUCCUGUGAUCAUACGAGAGCAGCACCCUCCACCACCUCCACCACCACCACCGCCACCACCACCACCCCCACCCCCUCCUCCACCUCCUCCACCUCCACCAGUUAUCCUUCCUGACAUGACAGCAAGACUUUCCCCAGCACUUGUGACACCGUGUGUGGCAGCCACUGCAGCCGGCAUUUCAGUGUCAACCGCUGUCAGCUCGUCGGUGGAUAUGCCUCCAGUUGUGUCUGUGCCUGCUGGUCACCAUAGUCCUAUCCCACCAUUACCGAACGAUGACUUGCUCAUAGGCACAAGGCGGAGAAGAAGGAGACGAAGGUUCGAAAUAGAGGCAGAGAGAGCCAAGCUACGAGCACUUCUGUCCCAUAACUUGCAACAGCAGCAACUGAAGCAACUCCAGCAGUUUCUGGCACCCCCUCCACCACCCAGCACCAGCAGCCUGUCCAGCACACUAGCCACAGCCACAUCCAGCAUGAGCACAGUGGCCCCAAGCAUACCAGCCAGUGUGGUGGCCACUGCAGCCGCUGCCGUUGUUACUGCAUCCACAGUAACAACCCCUCAGCCGGCGCACCGUGAAGAGGCAAGCAAGGCUCCCCCACCACCACCUGCUCACCAGGGUUCAUCGUCGGUGCGGGGAGGAGGACCACCGGCCAGUGCGCUGGGCAUGCUGGAUCUGCGGGUCAAAGCAGCACCUACGCCGCCACCUGCCAAGGCCAGCACACCAGCCCCACCUUCCGAGGAGCCACCCAUGGACUUGAGUUCAGGGGGCUCAGUGCCUGCCACAACGUCAAAUUUAUGUGCAGCAGCUACCAUGGUGCCGUCAGUGCGAUCGGCGCUGCUCAAUGGUGCUGUGGCAGCCAGUCGGGGGCGAGGAGGCGGGCGGGGGCGGCGUUCUGGUGGCAGUCGCAUCGAUGCCUUGGCCCUCAACCUGCAAGCGCGCAAACAGCAGCAGCUGCGUGAGGAGCAUAAGCAGCCAGGCUCGAGUGCAGAUGAGAGGGAAGAUUCAGAUGCCUCAUCCACCACCUCAGCUCCAGCCGUGCCCCCACCGGCACCAAUGGCGCUCCCUAUGUCAGGUGGAAAGCUGCAUGUAGAUGAAAAGGAGUUGGAGCGGCUGCUGGCAAGAAAGAGCCGCCACGAGGAGCCUCCGAAAUCCCACAAAACCACUGCAGUGCCCUUGUCUCUGUCUUCUAUGCUGUCAUCAAGCGUUAUGCCUCAUGGUGCAGACGUUCCCAGCAGCAGUCGACAAGUCAGGGACAUCCCCAGUCUGAGCAGCGUGGCUACUAGCCUUCCUGGCGCGAACAAGGCUGUGGAUUCUCGCGGUGGCUCUUCAGCCCUUCAGCAACAGCAGCAGCAGCAGCAGCAGGCGGCAGAGCAGGCCUCGGCGGCAGCAGCCAUGCACCAGGACCUCAAACGUUGGCUGGAUGACCAUCCUGAGCUGAUGGCCAGCCACCCGAGUCUGACAGCCGCCGCAGCGGCCAUGGCCUUUUCGCCCAUGCCCUCUCUGUCGAGCCAUCAGCUGGAGUUGCUCGAGUUGCCCGAGUCAAGGCGAAGGGGCAGGAGACCUCGGUUGGACCCUAGCAAGCUGGAUCCGCACUGCCUCACCGGAGAUGAGAAUGUCUCUGUGAUCAAUCGGCUGACCGGGAAGAAGAUCACUGGAAGCAAGGCACCUCCUCUGAAGCACCUUGCCGAGUGGUUAGAGAAAAACCCCAUGUUUGAUGUUGACCCGAAAUGGUCGCAGCUUGUCAAGGAACGGAGGUGGUUGCAGCAGGCAAAACAAAAUGAAGAUGCGAAAAACCAGAUGUCUCAGUCAACAUCUGCAAGGCGCAAACGUGGUCAUCUUCCGGAUAUGCCGAAGGAGCGCAUGGCAGUCCCCGAGAGCAAGCGCGGCAGGAGGACGGCUGCGUCCCUCUUGUCGAGCCUGCAUCAGUCUGGUCUCGGGGGAGCCUCCUCAUCUUCUGGUGGCGCGGCGAACCUCGGGUUUCCCUCUACCUCCGCCCUGAACCCUCUGAGCUUCAGCAGCAGCAUGCUGGGAAACUUUCCAGGGCUCAAGUUUUUCAUGGAGCCCGGCAAGUCGUCAGCAGCCGUGACAUCCCCAUCAACGUCAUCGGCCACGCCCCCUCUCUUUUUGCCCUUCGGCGGCCUGGCAGGCAUGGGAUUGGCCAAUCCUCUGUUCAGCUUCCCCGGCCUGGGCUUCCAAGGCCUGCCCUUUGAGGAGGCCAAGGAAACCAAGGCCCAAGAUGGUGAGCGGGCCCCCAGCAAGGAGCGCCAUAGCAAGGGUACCCCCAGCAGCAGUGCCAGCAGCAGCACAAACCUUCCCACCUCGUCAGCCAGCUUAGCCUCCACAUCUUUUCCUUUCCUGUACCCCUCAGGACUGCUCUACAAUCCCUUGGGCCUGGGUGGCUUCUCGCUACCCACCAACAUGUCAGCCUCGUUUGCCUCUCUGGCCCAGGCAGGCCUGGUGAAUGGCCUCGGGGGGCUGGGUAGUGUCAUCUCAUCAGCGGCGGGCAAGGCCCCUUCAGCAUCCCUGGCCAGCUCAAGGCGGCCUGCCGCCCCCUCGGUCACAUCUGCCCUCGGGGCUGGCCUGCGCAGCAGUGUGCUUCCUCCUCCACCAUCCACCACUACUACCCGCCGGCCAGCGCCCAUACCCCCACCAACCCUUGACUCUGAUGAUGAGAGUCUCAUGGGCAAUGACAUGGACGACCUGGAUGAUCUCGAUGACCGCGACAACUCAGAUGAGCUAGAUGAUGAACCAGACCACAAGCGGCCACGUGAGGAGCGGUCCAGCAAAAAGCCAGAAGCACCACCCCAUGACAAAGUUGCUUCAUAGCUGGCCACCACGGACAUUAACUUGGGGUCUGGCUUGGGAGGCACCUCUGGGUUUCUCUUUUGUACUCUGUUGUAUUUAUGGUUGGUCACUGGAAAGACUCGCAUUUGGUUGAAACCUCUCUCCUGUAUGGAUGCUGCACCUUUGUUCUUCAUUUAUAUGCCUUGUUCGUUGUAUUUAGUUUAUCGGUUUGAACAGGCCUUUUAAUUUUUUCUCCUCUCUUUCCUUCCCUUUUAUACAUCUACGGGUUUCUCUACAGUGCAAACACGUGAAGCAGUGGGCUUCUUGCAUAGCACAUUUCAUUUGUCUAAAUUUAUGUAAUGGUAUUGCUUUUUUUGCCAGUAGAUUGAUUUUUUUCAUUUGGUGAAUUAAGCAACAGGCACCUCACUGGUUGGCCAUGUGUGACCAUUCGAAGUCCCAUCACUUAAAUGUUUCUUACGGGUGAGACAUUCCUGGAGCUUUCUUUGUACUUCUUCUUGCUUUUCUUUCUGCUUCUUCUUAUAUUUUAUGUACCUCUCAAAAAGCACGUACUUACACAAGGCGAAGUAAAUGUCGCAUUACGUGAGCUGAGAGGAACAUGAAAUUAGCCUUUGCGGCAACAUUUUAAGGAAUGUGUAAAUAAUAGUUGUCCUUAACAUGUGGCUCGCACAAGAAUUCGCAGAUGAAAUUAGGGAGAUAGGCCAUCGCAGUUGGUGACACUUUCUUUCCACAUGGUAUCCUUCCUGCAAACUUUAUACAGUCAAACCUCGAUAUAACGAAGUUGUACUUGCAGCAAAAAACUGUUAAAUCACAAAUUUCAUUAAUUCGAGGUUUUACGGUUUCAGCAUUAAAAACAACUUCACAAAUUCAUGGGCACUCCUGGUGGAUAGUACCUCGUUAGUAAGCACUUAUAAACUAAUCGCAAGAAGGUCGGGCCAUAAUAGCGUGGUUGUGAGCGCCAGUGCGCUCAGUGCAGAUGGCGCCGAGACUAGUGCACGAACGUGGCUCACGGUAUCAGAGAUUUGCGUGUGUUACAACGCACAGCGCCAUACAUCUUGCGCUCCAUGGCUGACCUCGCUUCGUGCCCCAGGCUGCGCCCAUAAAUUAUACGGAUAUUCGACCUGAGCAAAAAAAGGGGGGGGGGGGGGGGGGGGUCAUAGUUUAGCCAGAAAGGUAGAGCAUUGAUGGCGAUAGCAAAGAGAACUACGCGAGGUAAGGUUUGUAGCUUCAUCGGUGUCCCGUGUGCUCAGGCAAACAUUAAGAGAUCUCACCCGAUGACCACCAAGUCACUGUCACAAUGCGAGUGAACGCUUUGCACCGUGUCACAGAAACGAGAUUGCGCGAUCGCUAACACUAUGCAUGCGGGAACCCAAGCCAGACGUCUCAGCUCUGUCUUUACACUUGCCGCAGUGAGAUUACUUCCAAGACAAGGCGCGUGGCCCGCGCAUGGACGCGUACGCUAGGAGGAGAAGGCAGAUAGACGCCGUGUUUAAAGCCCCCUUAAACUUAAAAAGUUUUACGGGGCUUUGGCCGUGUUCUGCCCCCUUCCCUCCCCUCUAGCGCGUGCUUGAUCACGAUGCUGUGUGUUCACUCCCUCCCCAUCCCCCUUGUGCAGAUGUAAUUGUCGGCUCUCGUGUUUCUCCGAGCGCCCCGCAGCCUCCGCAAGUUGUUUACCAACGCUACAAAUGGCGCAGAGGGUUUUCUUGCCUACCGCGUCCCGGCGCGCGCGCGUGCUUUGAUGGCGUUUUUGCAGCUCCAGUGUUUCGUGUGGAAGAACAUUUAUGGUAUCUUCGACUGGUCGCCUACAUCCCUCGAAGCAGAGUCGGGCAGAUCCGGCGUUCCCCGAAGUCAGAGGUAGAGGACAAGUGCACAAGCCGAACGUGUGACUCGCUGUCUGUGGAGGAAAUGGCAGAUAUGAAACCACGCGACUACUGCCAAUGUCCAAUGUUUCGCCUAUGCAAAGCUCCCGGCGCUGCUGGGAAAUCCAGCGGUCGCGCCGUGGAACGAGCGUUCGUCGAGAUGCCAGCAUGCAGUGGCCUAGGUUGCCUAGGUUACAGUGGACAGCAGCGACGCUGUGCUGUGAUGACGUUGCAGAAAACGCUUCAAUCUCGACGCUGCUCUGACGAAAGGGCACGGAGCGCCUCAGAGCGCUCCAAGAUGGAGGAGAGCGAUUGAGAAAAACCAGCCAAAGACAACACCGCUCUAGAGCACUCAGAAACGACCAGCCGAAGAUGCCAUUAAAGUUGUUUUUAGCUCAGCCGACAUUUUUGUAGUGUUUUGGUAGAUGUACUAGCCAUACAAGCUCCCAAGUACAUGUUUGAAAUUACAGAAAAUUUCGUUAAAUCGAAACCGUCACGAAAUUAGUUAAAUCGCAAGAAGAAAUGCACGCGUUUUAAUGCAACUACAAUUGGCAAAUGAAAAUAGUUUGUUACAUUGCAAAUUUUGUUAAAUUGAGGUUGGUUAUAUCGAGGUUUGACUGUACACCUGUGCUUUGGUACUUCGGUUUCCUUUUUAUGCUUUUGCCAUGGUGUAAUUUGUGUGUGUGUAUGUGUGUGUGCAUGUGUGUGUGUGCAUGCAUGGUCAGAAUGGAUGGCUCUCGCUGAAAUCUCACAAUGUAUUUAUUUUUUACUCAUUUGAAGUGAAGGUCAUGGGAGUGUAGGCCACACUUUAUAAACAGAACUGUGGUAGCAUUGUUAUCAAGGUGUUUUAUUUUCUUCUAAUCUACUUUACUGAAAUUGAUUGCAGGACCAAGAAAAAUCCUGCUUUUUAAUGUUUGUUUUUAACUGGGUAUUGUAAGCAAGAUUCAUAAAGCCGUGGAGUUGGCUCCUAAUUAUGUGCAUCUUCGUAGCCCCUUCUAGUGCACAUCGGAGACCAGCAUCUGCAUUGUUAGGUUUUAAAGACGUGCUUACGGUCAUGUCUGGUGGCAUUGUACAAAGAAUUUGCGGUUGUGUACAGAUGAUAUCGUCCUCCGCCCUCUUGCCCCGUGCAGCUUCUUGUUUUGCUAAACAUCCAUGUCAUGAAAUAGGAAAAUGCUAUCUGCCAUUGACUGAACUGACAAAGGCACUGAAGAAUUGUGACAACACAUUUUGAUUUGCUUCUGUCAGAACAGCUAUUCUAAAAAAGGUUAUUUUGGACAUCUUAUAUAUAUAUAUAUAUAUAUAAAAUACACACACACACACACAUAUAUAUAAUUAUAUACAUAUACACAUGCAUUUCCUCCUUAGAUAUUUUUUUUUCCUUCACUAGACAUCUUUUACUUUGCCUUCAGGUGCAGGGCAGGGGCAUUCUUAUUGACCAUUUUGUGUAAGAUUACUUGAAUGUAUGCGUCGUCUUGUCAGUGGUUCAGACAUGAUGAAGCAUUUGUGUAUAGCUGUGAAACCAUUGUAAAGGUUCUACGAACAAGUAAUUGUAUGUUUCUACUUGUUUUUAAAGGGCACUGUGGUAGUGCUGCUUUAUUCCUAUUUUUCUAUUACGUUCUGACUGCUUUUAUGUUCUGUCGCUUUUCUCUGCAUACUCAGUUUCUGUUGCAUAAACCUGCUUUUUUUAUAUAUAUAAAUAUAAAUAUAAUAGUGCCUUCUUUGCACCACUGUCCUUGUUUUGUAGCUGAGUUUUGUGUUGUCAUUUAUUGACAGAGAAAUUAUAUGCAAUGCCUACCUUUGCUUUAUUUCUUUAACCACAGUGUAAAGUUUAUUUAUUUGCUGCUUUGCUCUGCAGUUUUGUUGAUGUUAGCUUGAGGUGAGUCGAGCUGGUCACCUCAUUAGCAUUGGAGUAAGGUAGUUGUGUGAGCUGAGAAUGCGUGUCCCUUUGCCCUUCAGUCCUUUUUAUUUUCUCAUCAUUUUUUAGUCAGCUUAGAGGUAGCUAUCUCAGAAGGCGGGCACGGAGAAGUCUACAAGAGUCGUGCCUUCUGUGUCGACAAAGGAAACCCUGUACAUGCAGUGUUGGUGGGGAAAAAAAUGAAAAAAUAAGCGACGUUGGACUUUUUGUGACACCAACAAUGUCAUAGUGCAUGAGUGAUGCAACCUUUCAUAUAGUGUUUGUACAAGUGUAUGAAAUUAAAUCUUGAAAGUGAAAGAACAA